GGUUCAAAGCGAGUCCUGCGAUCUAAUGAAUAUGUCCUCCCGCCCGGCGGCCUGAUGGAGACCGAGCUGGAGCUGACCUUCUCACUGCAGUACCCACACUUCCUCAAGAGAGAUGGCAACAAACUGCAGAUCAUGCUGCAGCGGAGGAAGAGAUACAAGAACCGCACAAUCCUGGGCUACAAGACCCUUGCUGUGGGCAUCAUUAACAUGGCCGAGGUGAUGCAGCACCCGACGGAUGGUGGGCAGCUUCUAGGCCUCCACAGCAACAUGAAGGACGUGAACAUCCGAGUGGCUGAAAUCAGCAUCUACUCUUUGUCCAGUCAGCCCAUUGACCAUGAGGAUGGGAGCGUCCCCUCAGGUCCUAAAAUCAAAGCUUCAGAUCGCUCCCCAGAUAUUGAUAACUACUCUGAAGAAGAGGAUGACAGCUUCUCCUCAGAGCAGGAAGCCAGCGAUGAUGCUGUGCAGGGUCAGGAUCUGUUUGACGAAGAGGACGACUUGAGGAAGACCAAGAAGGCUAGGAGGAAAAUGAUCCGAACCACGUCAAUGACCAGACAACCAAACUUCAAGCAGAAAUUUGUGGCUUUGCUGAAGAGGUUUAAAGUGACAGAGGAGGUCCUGGAUUCUGACCCUGUAGACCAAACCCAGGAGGUGGAGGAAGAUCUGGGCUUGCUCUAUGACAGCCUGGAAGAGUGCAACAACAGUGACAGCGGCCCAGAGAUUGAGGACAACGAGAGUGUGCACAGCACACCCAAGCCCACCCUGAGGCGUUUCUUUGAGGGAGUCUCUCAUUCUGGUUCCCAGACUGAGAUCGGCAGUCUGCACAGCCAGAAAGGGCAGGAUCAAGAGUCGGGCAGCCCUGGCGAGGCAGACAAGUGGAAGCUGGGAGCACUGCGACCACAGGAAGAGCCAAGAGCGGAGGUCCCUGUAGUGGAGCUGGCUGCAGAGGAGCCGUCUUCGCGGCUGGCCCCCCCGGAGGCUGCUGCCAAGGAGGGUGGUGUGGACAGGCUGGGCCCGGGGAGCAAAGCUGAGCUCCCCGGCGCUGUGUCCCCCAGCAAGGCAGAGAGCAAGCAGCUGUGGCGUCCCCGCAGCACCUCUGUGAAGGACCGGCAGAGCUCCAAGGGACAGGGUGGCCGCACCAGCAGCCUGGACAGUGAGAGCUCUCCAGACUCGUGGCACAGCACCCAGGUGCCCCGAAAGUCUGUUUAUGAUCAGCUGAACCAGAUCCUGGUCUCAGACGAGCAUCUCCCCGAGAGCAUUGUGCUGGUGAACGUUGCCGAGUGGCAGGGGCAGUACGUGAGCGAGCAGCUCCAGGCGCACAAGCAGUUGGUCGUAUCCACCUGUUCGGUGGCGGACAUCCAGGCAGCCUUCAACACCACUGUCUCCCGCAUCCAGCGAUACUGUAACUGUAACUCCCACAUGCCUCCCCCGGUGAAGGUGGUGGUGGCGGGGGACCAGAGCUAUCUG